AGAUUUGAAUCUAUCUUGGAUGAGAUAUCUGGGAGUAGGAUGUUUUUUUCCCACCUCAAUCUCUCAUAUUUCCUCCUUUUCACUCUAAUUGGAUAAUAUCAUUAACUUCACUAAGUGAUUCUUGUGGGGCUGGGAAUCUUGGGACAGAUUGCCCAACUGUCACUCGUGACCCACCAUCCCACAAGCCCAUGGACUCAACUUCCUCACCCAUUCCUUCCCUUUCCUAUUUAAAAACACCCUUCAGAUCCCACUCAACUGGAGAGGGAAUGAAGAAAGGGCCAAGUGACUGAAAAUUAGCAACACUUGUUCGGGUUUCAUCCUCGUAGACAAACAUAAGAUAGAGAAGAUGGCUAUAGAGCCCAGAGAGUAGAGCCAGUGUGUCUUCAACGUCAAGCUUAGAGAUUUCGGAAGAGAGAUAAAAAUGGAAGUAGCAACUCUGGAUGUAGAAGAUGAUGUGUAUUUUGCAGACUUGAGCAAGCAGAUUUCUCUUCUGAUCAUGGAUGAAGAUGAACACUUGUCUGUUACUCAACAGCAUUCUGCUCCUCUCCAGGGUUUCUCAAGAUUAGAAAUCAACUCAUCAUCCACGCCAUCUCCGUCAUUGCACGAGCAGGUUUGCGCGAGGGAAAGCAAAGGGACUGGUGUCUUCAUUCCCAAGUGUUCUCAACCGAGAAGAAGAAGCAGACAUGGAAGAUCUAGCUCCAGCUUCAACAACAGUGCAAGAUCGUACAGGCAAAUUGACAGCACAAAAAGGGUCUCUCAAGCUCCUCAGGCCAAUUCUUUUAACCCCAAGACUAAAUCCUAGGGCAAUGGAUUCAUAGAAGAUAAUGGUAAAAACACGAUAAAAUCAAAUGGUUGGUGCUGGGCAAAUGGGUCCAGUUAUUAGGGAAGAAGAUGCUGAUGUCAUAAUUCGGAUAUGCAUGAUGUUAUGUACAUGGUGGGUUCUCAAUUUUUGGGUAUCGUGAGGCCCAUCAAUCAAAUGGUCUUGUGGGUCUCCUGAUAAGAUAAUGGCACUUGUCUUCGAUAGCUAGUUUUAUUCA